AUGGAGAGCCCCCAUGAACACCAGCAGAGCCUUCUCCUCUCGCGCAUCAUCACCAAUGUUGAGAAACUCAACGAAGCGAUCAUGGUAUUGAAUAAGAACCUUCAGGAGGUCAACGUGCAAAACAUGAACGUCGAGCUAGUUGCGCAGAUGUUUAAGAAUUAUCAGUCCAAUGUGCUUUUCCAUCUCGAAGAGCUCCAUCCUCCGCAAAUCUCAUUCUUCCCUGUCGCCAUGACUAUAAUUUCUACCCGCGCCCUCGUCGCGCCUCGAGCGGCGGCUAACAUUUCCCAAAAAAAUGACCCAAAACCGCCUCCCAAGCUUUAUCCUAUCCAAGAGCCGCCGUUCAAGGGCUACAUGCCUCCGCAGCCGGAGGGCUACGAACAGAGCCGAGAGACAGCGAGCUCCAGCGCCAUCGUGAUUGACAACGGCUCCUACCUCGUCAAGGCAGGCUGGUCCUUUGACAAAUCCCCUCGGUUCAUCAUCCCGCCCGUCAUGGCCAAGUACCGCGAUCGCAAGGUUAACCGGACGUGUCACUUUGCGGGAUAUGAUGCCUACGUCGAUGCGACCACGCGCGGCCAGGUGCGGAAUGCUUUCGACCCGGGAACAAAUAUCGUUGGCAACUGGGACGUCAUGGAAGGCGUGCUGGAUUAUAUAUUCCUGAAGCUGGGGGUGGACGGGGCGAAUGGCGGUGUUGAUAGGCCAAUUGUCCUGACAGAGCCUAUUGCUAACCUGGGCUACACGAGGAGAAUGAUGAAUGAAAUUCUUUUUGAGUGCUACUCUGCCCCCUCAGUCGCCUACGGCAUUGACUCUCUCUUCUCAUACCGAUAUAACCGCGGAACGGACGGGCUGGUAAUCUCAUCCUCUCACUCCUCUACGCACGUCAUCCCCGUUGUUAACUCCAAGGCGCUCUUGUCGAAUUCCUCACGGUUGAAUUGGGGCGGCCAACAAGCAGCCGAGUUCAUGAUGAAGUUAUUAAAACUGAAAUACCCUACCUUCCCUGACCGCAUGACGGAGCAUCAAAUGACACAACUGGUCCAUGAACACUGCUAUGUUUCGACUGACUACGACCGCGAGGUAUCGGGAUAUCUUGAUUGGACAGGUUUGGAGGAGCGCGACCGUGUCAUCCAAUACCCGUUUACAGAACAUGUUGUCGUGGAGAAGACGGAAGAAGAGCUGGCGAGAAUUGCAGAAAGGAAAAAAGAAAGCGGCAGACGGCUACAGGAACAAGCUGCGAAGAUGCGGCUGGAAAAACUAAUGAAAAAGGAGCAAGAAUUGGAGUAUUACAAGGACCUACAGCAGGGACUAGCAUCCGAAUCAAAGAAAGAAGUCAAGCGCAUCCUCGAUGCGGAAGAUAUGAAGGACGAAGCACAUCUGGAGCGCACAAUACGCGAUCUCGAGAAGUCCAUUAAGAAAUCCCGCAAUAAGGAUCUGGGAAAUGAGGAAACAGAGGAACAGGAGGAAGCCACCUUCCCAUUAUUGGAUAUUCCCGACGAAGAGCUAGAUGAGGCCGGUUUAAAGGAGAAGCGCCACCAACGACUCAUGAAAUCGAACAUCGAAGCGCGACAACGUGCCAAGGCGGAGAAGGAGAUGGAGAAGGCCCGGGUGGCUGAGGAAGAGCGGCUGGAUAAUGAAAAGCGUGAAAAUAAUUUUGAAGAGUGGAUUGAGGAGCGGAGGCAAGCUCGCGAGACCCUUCUCCAAAAACUGAAAGAGAGAGAGCGCCUAAAAGCCGACCUAGGCAACCGCAAAUCCCUUGCAAGCCAAAUGCGCAUGAAAACCCUCGCAAACCUCGCCUCCGACACACCCACCAAGAAACGUCGGCGAGGUGCAGACGACGACACCUUCGGUGCCAAUGACGACGACUGGCGCGUCUAUCGCACCGUCGCCACGGGCCCGGACGCAGCAGGCGCCGCCUCCGACGAUGACGACAACGACGAAAUGGACAUCCCCAACCAACUCCGCGCGAUCGAACAGCAGCUCCUGGAGCAUGACCCGCACUUCACGGAGAAUCACACCCUGGACGCCCAGUCGGAUUGGACCAAGAGUCUGAUCCACAUGUUCCUACGGGGUCCCUGGCCGUUUGAUCCGGAAAGCACGCGCGAGGCGCACCAGCUCCAUCUAAACGUGGAGCGCAUACGGGUGCCCGAAGUCCUGUUCCAGCCAUCGGCGAUUGCUGGGCUGGACCAAGCGGGUCUCGUGGAAAUCGCGGCGGAUAUUGUUAACCAGCAGCGGUUUUCGGCGGGGGAGGAGCGAGCAAAGUUGUUGAGGGAUGUGUUUAUUACGGGGGGUAAUUCGCUGUUUAAAGGGUUUGAGGAGAGGUUUGCGGCGGAGUUUCGGACGGUGUUACCGGUGGAGAUGGGGUCGGUGUUGAAUGUUAGGAAAGCGGGGGAUUCGAUGUUGGAUGCUUGGAGGGGUGCAGCGGAGUGGGCUGGUGGUAGCGAGUUCCAGAGUGCGGCGGUUAGUAGGCAGGAAUGGUUGGAGAAAGGGGGAGAUUAUAUUAAGGAACACAAUUUGGGAAAUGCAGGGUAUGCGUAG